AUGUGCUGGACCCUGGAGGCUAAGGUUGUCAGUGCAGCGUGCCCGACCAUCGCGUCAAGAGCGCCGAGCGCGUUUCCCAGAAUCCACGCCGACUGUGGUGCAUGUCAACACUCCAAGAUGCCGCGUGAGAUCAUCACGCUCCAGGCCGGCCAGUGCGGCAACAGCGUCGGAUCGCAGUUCUGGCGGCAGCUGUGUCUCGAGCACGGCAUCAACCAAGACGGCAACCUCGAGGACUUUGCGACCGAAGGCGGCGACCGCAAAGAUGUCUUCUUCUACCAGUCCGACGACACGCGCUACAUCCCUCGCGCCAUCCUCCUCGACCUCGAGCCGCGAGUCAUCAACGCCAUCCAGACGGGGCCCUACAAGAACAUCUACAACCCAGAGAACUUUUACGUGCACAAGGAGGGCACGGGCGCAGGCAACAAUUGGGCUGCCGGCUACGAUAUGGGCGGACAAGUCUCGGAUGAGGUGCUGGACAUGAUCAAUCGUGAGGCAGAUGGCAGUGACAGCCUUGAGGGCUUCAUGUUGCUGCACUCCAUCGCAGGCGGCACAGGAUCUGGUCUUGGCUCCUUCCUGUUGGAGCGGCUCAACGACCAGUUCCCCAAGAAGAUCAUCCAGACGUACUCCGUCUUCCCAGACACGCAAAACGCUGGCGACGUUGUCGUUCAGCCGUACAACUCCCUGCUGGCGCUACGAAGGUUGACACAGAACGCCGACGCGGUGACAGUCCUUGACAACGGAGCCUUGUCUCGCAUAGCAGCCGACACACUCCACGUGCAGGAGCCCUCGUUCGAGCAGACGAACCAACUCGUCAGUACCGUCAUGUCUGCGGCAACCAUGACGCUGCGCUAUCCGGGAUACAUGCACAACGACCUGGUCGGGAUUGUUGCCAGCUUGAUCCCCACCCCACGAUGCCACUUCCUUCAAACGAGCUACACGCCUUUCACCGGAAACAAUGUCGAAGCUGCAAAGACUGUCAGGAAGACGACAGUUCUGGAUGUCAUGCGCCGUCUACUGCAGCCUAAGAACCAGAUGGUCUCGACAAAGCCAAGUAAGAACAGCUGCUACAUCUCAAUUUUGAACAUCAUCAUGGGCGAGGCAGAUCCUUCAGACGUACACAAAUCCCUGCUUCGCAUUCGAGAGCGAAAUUUUGCCUCGUUCAUACCUUGGGGUCCCGCGAGCAUACAGGUAGCUCUAAGUCGGUGCUCCCCAUAUCUCCAGCCUCCAUACACAACCCGAGCUCCUCCCAGGGUAUCAGGCCUCAUGCUGGCCAAUCACACCGGCAUUGCGACACUCUUCAAGCGAAUCGUCUUCCAGUACGACAGGCUUCGCAAACGCAACGCCUUCGUCGACACUUAUAAGCGAUACGAGCUGUUCCGCGAUGGGCUGAGAGAAUUCGAUACCUCCAGGGAAGUCGUCAUGGACCUGAUCAACGAGUACGAGGAAGCCGAGCGUGCUGACUACCUGUCUGGCGGAAAGACAGAAGAUGAAACGAAUGGCGGCGCUGCUUCUGAUGCCCGAACCGACGGCGCAACUGGUCGAUGA